AUGGUACCGAAGAAUAUCCUUUGUGUGUUGGCUGCUUUUUUGCUGGGCGCAAGUGCUGCCCCCGUUCCUUCCGAAGAGGCCCCAGAGGUCAAGAGGGAUGACGCUGACGCCGCGUAUCUCAUCGGCUACCCAGCUAAGGCCAAAAGGGACGAUGCCGAUGCGGCAUAUCUCAUCGGAUACCCGGCGAAGAGGGAUGAUGCUGAUGCCGCGUAUCUCAUCGGCUACCCAGCCAAGGCGAAAAGGGACGAUGCCGAUGCGGCAUACCUCAUCGGCUACCCAGCAAAGCGAGAUGAUGCUGACGCCGCGUAUCUCAUCGGCUACCCAGCAAAGCGAGAUGAUGCUGAUGCCGCGUAUCUCAUCGGCUACCCAGCCAAGGCCAAAAGGGACGAUGCCGAUGCGGCAUACCUCAUCGGCUACCCAGCAAAGCGAGAUGAUGCUGACGCCGCCUAUCUCAUCGGCUACCCAGCGAAGAGGGAUGAUGUUGAGGCGGCAUAGUUCACAAAACAUCGCAG